AUGGAAGGCUUCGCAAGACACACCUCUGGGUCACCACCACUAUACAGUCCAGGCUCCAUCGACUCAGAUUCCGGCCGAUCGACCAUAGAGAGAAAGACAUCGACAUCCUCCACGGCAUCCACACACCUCAUGAAUCCAAUCUCGCCACACGUCUCUCCCAAGGUUCAGCUGGUUCCCUAUGCUCGCACCGCCAGCUUCGACAUCUCACUGUCAGAUGCGGAGCGAGAACUCUUGGACAAGGCCUCGACCAACUUCGAUGCUCUCGACCUGUCGUCCAAGGACUUUGACUUUGAAGACAUCUUCACCUAUGACAAACCUCAGAAGAAACUCAACAGGGUCGUCGAGGUGUCGAGGCCAACUCGAGACUACCGUGACUGGUCUUCGUUCUCUUUCUCCCACUAUUCGGCUGCUGUCAAUGCAAGACAGAAGGUCAACAAAGCCAAGUCAGGCAUCGGGGAGUUGUACUUGAAGAACAAGUCGGAUGCACAACAAAAGUCGUAA